AUGCAUAGUGGUCAGACAGAUCGUGUCUCUGAUCUUGAUUUGAACAAAUCCCUUCGAUCAAAAUUAUUGAUUAAACCCGUCCAAAAAAAACACAACUCGGGUGACCCAGCGCUUAAUGAUGAGUGA